GUCCCUCUAGUCAGCCUGGCAGGCUGUGGAUUUGAGGGAGCCACCAAACUCGGAUCAAGUUGUUACACAUCCCAAUAAGGAUUCUUUUGUCUGAGUCUGUAUGUAUUUUGGACAAGACAUGAAGAGAAGAGACCAUCGGAAUGACUCAUAAUCUUCGCAGGCCGGUGCUUCUUUUGGGGUCCAGAGCGGUGUUUUCGGGUCAACCAAACUGCGAUGGGUCACCGUGAGUGGCGGUCGUGGCGGUCAGCCGGAAACCCCACGGCUGUGGGGGGCCAUGUGGGAGCAUGUGGGAUCUCUGAUUGGGAGACACUCACCAGGACCGAAUCCGUCCAAGAGGUGUCUAUUUCUAUGGCCUCUGCCUGAGGUGAUUGAUGCGGGGUGUCCAGUCCAACCACGAACGGGCGAACGGGUUCGGAGAGAUCUGUUGGCUCGGUGUAGCAAAGAAAAGCAGAGAUUUGAUCCAUUCCUCGGGCCUUGGGCUGCUUGGUGCUCACAUGCUCAGCAUUUGCUCACUGGUCUCGGGUGAAGAGCUUCUCACCCUGAGGGCAGAAGACGUGCAGGAUCUGAAGUCCCUGCAAGCACAGGUGGCGAAGCAGCUGGGCGUCUCAAGGUAUCGACAAAGGUGGUUUGACGAAGAUCAACGUGAAUUGGGUGAGGAAGAUCUCAGCUGGACGUCCUCUGAUCGUGUGCAGCUAUUGAUUCUGCAUUUUCUUCCGCCGGAAGAAGGACCCGUCCAAGAGCUGCAAAAGGCCUGCACGGAGAAUCGCUUAGAGGAGGUCGAACGGCUCCUGUCGCAGCGUGUGAAUCCGGGCGACGCAGAGGGGCUCCUACAUACUCUAGCGCUCCAUGGCCAUUGGAAAUGCUUAAGUUUGCUGCUUGAAGCUGAAGCUCCGGUGGACAGGGAAGACACGAAUGGCCAGCAAGCCUUGCACAUUGCAGCUCAGCAAGGGCACCAUGAAGUGGCACGCCUCUUGCUGGAAGCUGGGGCUGACAAAGACAAGGUUGGGGGGAGACAUUGGCUCUCAGCUUUGCAUUUGGCCUGCCAGCACGGGCACUGUGACAUGGUGCGCUUAUUGCUUGACGCCGGGGCGGACAUCGACAACGUCGCAGGCGCCAGUUGGUCGGAGACCGCGUUGCAUGUGGCGGCCGAGAAGGGCCAGCUGGAGGUCGUGCGGCUGUUGUUGGAGGCUGGAGCAGGCAAACACCAGAUCACCUCGGAGGGGUCUUCCGCGUUGCAUUUGGCCGCCUGGAAUGGCCACGCUCAAGUUGCACAGCUCUUGCUGGAGGCGGGGCUUGACAAAGAUCAUGCCGCCAAGGAUGGGUCUUCCGCAUUGCAUCUGGCCGUGGAGAACGGUAGUGAAGCAGUUGUGGCAUGCCUUCUGAACGCCAAGGUCGAUACCGGCACAUGUCGCCAGGGAUUUGCACCGUUACAUCUCGCUGCUUCUUUUGGCUAUGUGGAGAUUGCAGAGCUGUUGCUAAAGGCUGGUGCUGAGAAAAAUCAAGAGACACCUUUCAAUGAGACGGCUUUGGACGUUGCAGAGAAGAUGGGGCACAAAAACCUCGUGAAGCUUUUGCUGCGCUUUGAAGCCCAUCGUGCAGACGGAUCUCAAGUGACGGUGGAGCGAAAGAAAGCCCGCAACACCUUGCCUUUAUCUAUAGCCACAUGAACGAUGAACGGCCGAGAAGGAGGACGAAGUGUGCCGUCGGUGUCCUCACGAUCUCUGUGGCUCAUCCGGGCUGCAAUCAGCAUUUGAUGUUUCACAUGGCUUGGAGCUCGCUGCUGGCCUGGAGCAAAGCAGCCGAGAGUGCUGGCCCAUCAGUUCUCAGAGCGAGCCUGCGUUCUUGGCCACGAGACUUUCCAAGAAAUGCACGAGAACUGGCUCAUGUAGAUAGGCUUUGAGAAGACGCCCGGCCCUCUGUGGAGGCUUGUUUUUAAGCUCCUACAGGUCCUGCGGAGAAAAAUA